UGCAAUCUCAGCUUGAAUCAACAAAACCCUAACUUCACUAUAUUUGUGAAUGUCGAUUAUUGAACAAAUGAUGAGUUCUCACCGCCAGGAACUACUGAAGGCGAAGCGCUCUUUUCUUUCCCUUGACGCCAGGUUUCGCCGCCGUAGAUGGUCGUUUUCUCUUGGACUCGCUCGCUUCGGACUGGUCAUCGAAACAGAACUGGGGCAGAUUUUCUUGAUUCGUCCUUGGUGGGUAAGAGAAUUAAUAUGGAGAGGUCUUUUAGGCUGUUGUUGUUGCUGCUAAUUGGAACUUUGGUCAUCACUCAUAUUGUUCAAGCUCAGAGCCAACAAGGGUUUAUCAGCUUGGACUGCGGACUACCCGCUAAUGAACUGUCUCCUUACAAUGAGCCGGAAACUGGAUUACAGUUUUCCUCGGACGCAACAUUUAUCCAGACUGGAAAAACUGGAAAAACCCAAGCAACUUUGGAGCGUAGACUUCUGAAGCCGUACGCAACGCUAAGAUAUUUUCCAGACGGAAUACGGAACUGCUACAAUCUUAAGACCGAGAAAGGAAGAAGUCAUCUGAUCAGGGCUUGGUUUGUAUACGGGAACUACGAUGGUAUUGACAAUAGCCCCAAGUUUGACCUGUAUCUUGGACCAAAUCCAUGGACCACGGUAGAUUUGCAUGGACAAGAGAAUGGUACACGAAAAGAGAUCUUUCACAUCCCAAUAUCAAACUCGUUACAGAUUUGUCUUGUUAAGACUGGGAUGACUACACCGAUUAUCUCAGCCUUGGAAAUACGUCCCAUGGGUAAUGAUUCUUAUAUCACCCAGUCUGGCUCUCUCAAACUGUUUUUCCGGAUAUAUCUUACCGAAUCAAAGUUUUACCUAAGGUAUUCGGAUGAUGUCUAUGAUCGCCAAUGGAUUGCGUACUUUAAGAAAGAUUGGACCCAUGUAAACACCACUAGCGAUGUGGGAAAUAUUAACAACUAUGAUCCACCAAAAGACGCACUUGCAACUGCUGCCAUACCUACUAAUGCCAGUGAGCCACUGACGAUUGAAUGGACUAAUUCAGAUAAUCCAAGCGACCAAUAUUACGUGUAUAGACACUUUGCUGAGAUCCAGGAGUUGCGGACUAAUGAAACCAGAGAAUUCAACAUGGUAUGGAAUGGUGAAGUUAUGUCCACUGAACCUGUAAUUCCUAAGAAGUUAGAGAUACUUACUAUGUACAGCCAGUCUCCAAGGAUUUGUGAUGAAGGAAAAUGUAAGUUUCAGCUGAUACGAACCGACAGAUCAACUCUUCCGCCUCUACUUAACGCUCUUGAGGUCUACACAGUUAUUCAGUUUCCACAGUCCGAAACAGAUAUAAAUGAUGUGGUUGCUAUCAAGAACAUUGAAGCCACCUAUGGAUUGACUAGAAUCAAUUGGCAAGGCGAUCCAUGCGUCCCUCAGCAGUUUAGGUGGGACGCUUUAAACUGCAGCAACAUGGAUACCUCCACACCACCAAGAAUCACUUCUUUAAACUUGUCUUCGAGUGGUUUGACUGGAAACAUAGCAUCUGCCAUUCAAAACCUUACGCAACUAGUGAGACUGGACUUGUCGAAUAACAACUUGACCGGGGAGGUGCCGGAGUUUCUUGGAAACAUAAAAUCAUUGUUAUUCAUAAACUUAAGUGGAAACGAUCUUAACGGUUCAAUUCCUCAAUCUCUACUACAAAGGCAAGGACUCCAACUAUUCCGUCAAGGAAACCCAAGGCUUCUUCCCUCUGAAUCACCCACAAAACCACCUGGCAAGAGCUUUCCAGUUGUAAUUGUUGCAUCAGUUGGUUCUGCAGCCAUCCUCAUCAUUGUUGUGGUGGUUCUCGUUCUUUUUCUCCGAAAGAAAAAGCCGACUGAUGAAGUUAUUCACCCGCCGCCACCAAGUAAUGUGACAUAUAGUUAUUUACCUGAGCCAUCAAUCGAGAUGAAAAAGAGGAGGUUUCCUUAUUCAGAGGUUAUGAAAAUGACAAAUAAUUUCGAAAGAGUAGUAGGGGAAGGAGGAUUUGGUGUUGUCUGUCACGGUACUGUAAAUGGUUCUGAACAGGUAGCUGUUAAGCUACUGUCUCAAUCAUCAACUCAAGGCUAUAAAGAAUUCAAGGCAGAGGUUGAUCUUCUUCUGAGAGUUCACCAUACAAAUUUGGUAAGCCUUGUAGGAUAUUGUGAUGAAGGAGACCACUUAGCACUCAUCUACGAAUAUGUACCCAAUGGAGACUUAAGACAACAUCUGUCAGGAAAAGGAGGUAAAUCCAUCGUCAAUUGGGGUACUCGGCUAAGAAUAGCUGCGGAGGCAGCACUAGGUUUGGAGUACUUACACAUUGGAUGCACACCACCAAUGGUUCACAGAGAUGUCAAAACUACAAACAUAUUGUUGGACGAGCAUUAUAAGGCCAAACUCGCUGAUUUUGGGCUCUCGAGGUCUUUCCCAGUUGGAGGUGACUCUCAUGUUUCGACGGUGAUUGCUGGUACUCCUGGUUACCUUGAUCCAGAAUAUUACCACACAAGCCGGUUGGGUGAGAAAAGUGAUGUGUACAGUUUUGGUAUCGUGCUAUUGGAAAUGAUCUCUAAUCAACCAGUGAUUGAUCGAAACCGCGCAAAGUCUCACAUAACACAAUGGGUUGGGUCUCAGCUUAACGGAGGAGAUAUUGCUAAGAUCAUGGAUCCAAAGCUAAACGGGGAUUAUGAUUCUCGCUCUGCUUGGAGAGCUCUUGAGCUAGCAAUGUCGUGCGCGGAUCCAACUUCAGCAAAACGACCAACCAUGUCUCAUGUUGUUAUCGAAUUAAAAGAGUGUCUUGUGACUGAAAACUCGAGGAGAAAUAUGAGUCGAGGCAUGGAUUCACUGAGUUCCCCUGAAGUGAGCAUGAUCUUUGAUAGUGAGAUGACUCCUAGAGCAAGAUAGCAAGUAACACAAUUGUUAUGAACCCACUCACCGAACUUACUUCUGGACCUUACGUGUGCUCUGUUUGUAUUUUUACUUUUUAUAUAGUUUUUGUUACUGUGGUUUGAAAGCAUUUAAUUUUAAGUAAAAAUUAAUGUA